GUUUCGCCUUAAUUCCAGCGACGAGCGGCGCAAUGGAUGCCAGCACAGGCCAGGAUUCCAUCAACCGGGGAACGCAGCAGAUGACUCCCAGGGCACGGUAUGCGCUGGCUCUGCUGCCGGUGCUCAGAAUCAACUGGAUCGUCAUGCAACAGAAGCUGACUGCCGUGAAGCUGGCUUUCUCCUCCAGAAGGCCCCUUAACUGCUCGCGGAUUGAGCGCACAUUGGACCAAGCUUCAUACCUGAUCGACGACGUCAAGCACGCCAUGAGCGUGCUCCAGCAGGAGGUGGGUGACCUAGCAGCCAGGAACAGCGCCCUGAGACGCGAGAACGCGCUGCUCUUAGAAAGACUGAUCCGUACGCGCCAGGAGGCCCGCACGGUGGGAAGCCAUUCCAGAAUGUCCGCCCCAGUGUUCGACGAGGUCGGCUUGGCUCCAGAUGCAAGCUCGGGUUCAGCAACCACGGGUUCUUUUCAAGGAAUCGCCAUCCAAGACGCCACCGCACCCACUGGGCCACCAGACGUGUUCACGACAGAGUCUUCUUCCACUUCUCAGGGCUCUGGUGAGAGUGUUGAACCCCAUGACUAGCCGAGGAAG